AUGGCAGGCCUUGUCACAUGUCAACUGCUGGCUUGGCUGACCUGGCUCUGCCUUGUGGCCGCCAAAGCGCCAGCUGACGCACUCAAGAUCACACCAGAUCGCAUCCCUACUCUUGUGGAAGCACACGACAAGGUCCUAGUAACCUGUACUUAUGACUCUCGGCAUCAAAAGUGACCCCUCGCUGAUCGAAGAAUGUAGUUUGCUCCCCAUAUGGCUAUCACUGCAAGCGAUUUCUGCCCGAGUUGGAGUCCACCCAACAGCUUCUCGACCGGGAGUAUCCCAAUCAAGACGUGAUUAUCGCCCAUGUGGACUGCGUCGAAUUUUCCGACUAUUGCUCAGAUCAAGACAUUCGCUCUUAUCCUACAUUGCGAGUGUACAAGGGCAGUGGCACCUCAUUCGAGGCCUUUACAGGCCGACGGCAGCGCUACGAGUGAGGCUUCUCCCCCCCUGUGAGGAUGUGGCUCCAAAACUAACUUAAACUCAUCCAGAAUCGUGUCAUAUUUGAUCGACGGAAUAUGGCCCACCUCCACCUCUGACUCGCUGAAGGGCAUCGUCAAGCCGGCCAACUGGCCCGAGUUGACACCUGCGGAGCUCGAGUCAUUUGUAUAUUCUCAUAAGAGAGUCGUAGUAAUCUGUGAGUGCCACUUCCGCCGUAUGCUCAAUAAAUGUGAAUAUGAUGCUGAUGAUGCAAGUGUAGUCUGCACGCCUCAGAGCUUUCACUGCAGACAAAUGUACUCCGAGAUCCAAAAAGCCCAGGAACUCGUGCGAGAACACGAUACCUUCUUUGCAAAUAUCGAUUGCACGCAGUUUCACAGCUACUGUGAUCAUCGCAACAUCCGUACCUAUCCCUGGAUUCAUGUCUAUUCCGGUGAUCCGAGGACGUGGUGGACGUUCAGAGGUCCAAAGACUAAAGACGAGUGAGCUUUCUCCCAAGAGCACAGCUCUCUUUUACGCGCCCAGCUAAUAGCCUGCAGCCUCGUAUCCUAUUUGAUCGAUGGAGCCUGGCCAACUACUCCUGCAGCAGAUGUUCUACGCACCUCAAGUGCAAUUCCAACGCCUGGCGCCAGCGUAGACAACACUGUCUCCCUCAAAACAGACGGCUCCGAAGCCGACGUCAAGCUUGAACUACCAGGAUUGCCGAUAAACCUACCUACAGUUCCUGAAGACCUCAAAGCUUCGAGUUCUGUCGUCCUGCGAUUCAAUUUCACAGACGAUGGAAAGCAAGUCAUGCUCAAUGGCGAAGUCCUGGCCCUGCAAGUUCCCAAUCCUUCGGUACCAGCUCUCCUCACGGCCAGACAGGUGCCUUUAGACUAUGACAUUCAGGACAUCAACCUUACCUCUGUACACAGCCGUUGGGCUCACGGCGAGUUCAAGACAGUGGGCAUCGACUACGAAAUGUAUGGUCGCAGUCGAGACGAUCCGAAUAUCUACUACUACAAUUAUCACCCGGAAAUAGUCAUCAACCUAAUCGGCUGUAGCUCUCCAGACCCAGUCUCCUACCAACCCGACUUUCUACUCGACUCUUUGGACCAGCAAGUGAUCAAGAUCAAAUUUCACGACGUCCAAGGUAAUGGUCAAUCCGGCGAUCCGAAUCGAUCAUACCGCAUAGAAAGCAUCACGCUCCACGCGCGUAGUCAGGAAAGCGGCUACCGUCCUCGAAUCAACCACCCUUCGUUCGAGCCCUACCGCGUUCCAAGACCCGACGAUAGGCCCUGCAGUCGCUGGAGCUGGAGAUGCGCAGACAUUGGUAAUCCCCCAUGGUAUCGUUUCAUCUGGAGGCAGAAUUUUGACGAAUUUGGCCGCAUAG